AUGCAUAUCAAAGAGAAACUCGCCCAAAAUGAGGCCGCGGGGAGAAUCGGCAUCUCAUUCGAGUUCUUCCCUCCCAAGACCGCACAGGGUGUACAGAAUCUAUACGACAGAAUGGACCGCAUGCACUCGUUAGGUCCCUCUUUCAUCGACAUCACUUGGGGUGCGGGUGGCCGACUAUCGGACCUGACUUGCGAGAUGGUCAACGUCGCCCAGUCUGUUUAUGGUUUGGAGACAUGCAUGCACCUGACCUGCACAGACAUGCCGCGAGAGCGAGUGGAUGCUGCACUUCAGUCUGCCUACAAGGCGGGCUGUACCAACAUUCUCGCUCUUCGUGGCGACCCUCCUCGUGAGAAAGAAGUGUGGGAAGCUGCCGACGGAGGCUUUCGCUAUGCGAAGGAUCUUGUCAAGUAUAUUCGCGAAAAAUACGGCAAUCAUUUCGAUAUCGGUGUUGGAGGUUACCCUGAGGGUGCCGAUGACAAUCCCGAUGUCGAUCUUUUGAUUGACCACUUGAAGGAGAAAGUGGAUGCGGGGAGCUCCUUUGUCGUUACCCAGAUGUUUUACGAUACAGACCAUUUUAUUAACUGGGUCAAGAAGUGCCGUGAUCGGGGUAUCAAUGUGCCUAUUAUUCCGGGAAUUAUGCCAAUCCAAACGUAUGCUGCAUUCAUUAGACGCGCCAAUUGGACCAAGGCCCGGAUCCCCCCCGAUUGGCUCGAAGCUCUGGAGCCUGUGAAGAAUGAUGACGCUGCUGUGAAGGAGAUUGGAAAACGCUUAAUUGCGGAUAUGUGUAGGAGACUCAUCGCCGCUGGUAUCAACCACCUUCACUUCUACACGAUGAAUCUUGCCCAGGCUACACAACUCGUCCUUGACGACCUGAAGCUUACCCCAACACCGGAGACGCCACUUCAGAGAGCUCUGCCUUGGCGCCCCUCGCUUGGCCUGAACCGCCGGGAAGAGGAUGUCCGCCCAAUCUUCUGGCGAAACCGCAAUUCCUCGUACAUUGCCCGCACACAAACUUGGGACGAGUUCCCUAACGGCCGCUGGACCGAUUCCCGAUCACCCGCUUUUGGUGAGUUGGAUGCUUACGGCAUCGGUAUCAAGGGCACAAAUGACCAGAAUAUCAAACUUUGGGGCGAGCCCAAGUCUCUUCGCGAUCUCGCCGACAUCUUUGUCCGUUUUAUGGAAGGCAAGCUGGAGCGACUACCCUGGAGCGAAUCCCCCAUCAGUGCAGAGGCAACCUCAAUUAAGGAAAACCUUGUAGAGCUAAACAAGCGAGGUCUCUUGACUAUCAAUUCUCAGCCGGCUGUUAAUGGAGUCAAGUCCUCCCACCCCGUGUACGGAUGGGGCCCGAAGAACGGCUUCGUCUACCAGAAGGCCUACCUCGAGCUUCUCCUUCCCCCAUACCUGAUCAAUGAUCUCAUUGCUCGCAUUGAGGCAAAUGAGGACCUUACCUACCACGCCGUGUCAAAGAGUGGAGAGCUACUAACUAACACUCGUGACAGCCCCAACGCUUUGACCUGGGGUAUCUUUGCAGGGCGUGAGAUUGUUCAGCCAACAAUUGUUGAAACCAUCAGUUUCUUAGCCUGGAAGGAUGAAGCCUACCAGCUCGGUGAAGACUGGGCGAAGUGUCACGAUGCCGCUAGCCCUAGCAGGAAGCUGAUCCAAGGCGUCAUGGAUAACUGGUACCUUGUGAAUAUCGUCAACAACGACUUCCACAACACAUAUAACCUCUUUGAGCUGUUCAACGACUUGAACGUCAAGGAUCUAGAUGUUGAAGUCGCCGGUGAAAUUGUAGAACCCAAGGCUCUCCAAAACGGAACUACCAACGGCACCACUAACGGAGCCACACCGGAACCCGUUGCGCAAAAUUAG